AUGGCUGCCGACCUCAUCAUGCCUACUCUUCCGGGUGACCAGCACUCGCGUCACUUCUUUCCUCAGCAGCAGCGCCCUACACAUCAACGCAACCACUCAUAUCAGAUCUCGGUUGGCCCUCAGAUCUCUCCCAUCAACACCCAGUCCAGCAGCCCCGACUCUGCUUCAUCAAAUCCUACUUCUCCCAGAUCGCAUCAUGCACGACAGACUCGCCCCAUGUACAUGCCUGCAGCACUGCGUCCCAAUCUAUUCCCCUCAAAGACCAGCAAGAUGCCCAUUGAUGAUGGUGCAUCUACCUCAAGCACAGAGUCUGAGAACACCCUGCGACGCACCAACAGCAGUCUCAUAAACAUCCCUGGCAUGUCUGUCUUUGGCAACAAAUUGGCGCGUGUUUCCACUGGUGAUAGCUCCCAGAGCAGUAUCGACGGUGACUUCGACCCCGAGAUGUUUCCCGAGGUCAAGUCUCAACCCACGCGCAAGCACUGGAAGCCCGAUUCCGAAUCUACUGUCUGUGACGACCCGACUUGCAAGCGCACCUUCAGCUACUUCACUCGCCGCCACCACUGCCGAAAGUGUGGCCACAUCUUUUGCGACUCCCAUUCCACCUUUGCUGCUCCUCUCGACCAUGAUGCCAAGUUCAACCCGCGUGCGCCUCUUUCAAGAACCUGCCGCCAUUGCUGCGAAGAGUUCAAGAGCUGGUACACUCGCAACAAUAGCCGUGCUUCAAGCGCCGCAUCUUCCGAUGCUCCCAACCCUACCUCGACUCCUAUCGCCGCUGGCUUCGGGGAUGCCUCUGACUUGCCUCGUGGCCCUGAACUCGCUGCCAGUGUACCUAGAGAUUGGAACUGGAGCACCUUCUAA